GGGAGAACGAACCCUAGCGACCAAAAUGUUCUAUCUGUCAUCCUAAACCUUGAUCCUCAGUCGUGAGCUUGGAUCUCCAUAUAGUGCGAUACUCAUCACUGCGAAGGAAAACAAUAAUCCAUCUUCAAAUAAUGGAAGAAAGUGGGAGCAGUGGAGGAGCUCAAGCAGUUAUAAAUCUGGGAAUCGGAUCUUCGGUGCCGAUUUCGUAUCACCCAUCCUUCGGACCUCACGAGGAUCUUCUUCUUCUCGAAGCUGAUGAUAAUCUCGUCUCAGAUAUCUUCAAUGAAAGGGUAACAUUGAGAGGACUUCCUGAUGAAGAUGCUGUUCUCUGCACUAAGUCCAAAACUUACGCUAUCAAGUUUGUUGGUAACUCUAACUCAAUGUUCCUUAUUCCUCCAUCAAACACCCCUGGAUUCCUCCAAGAUGAUGAUGAAUCACAUGUGUCUGUCAUCAAGCUUGCUCCUGGUAACAUGGAGCUUGUUGAGGUUUCUCCUAAACUCGACAAACUCAAGAAGCUUCUCAUGGAAAGCCCUUUGAAUGCUGGUGAAGUAGAAGAUGCCAUGAUGAUGGAUGAUGGUGAAAAGAAUCUAGCUUUGUACACAUGGAGUGAUUUGGUUAAUACUAUUCAAGCAAGCGAUGAAGAGUUACGCAAGGGGUUGGAGAGUAUUUCCGCUAUUGAGAUUGAUGGGUACUGGAGGGUUAUAGACGAGAGUUACCUAGACAUGAUUCUCAGAAUGCUUCUUAACAACUCUGUGCUGAACAGUUGGUGUUUUGAUGGUCUUGAUGAAGAGGAUGUUGUGAGUUCGUUGGUAGCUGAUGAGUUUCCUAGCGAACUCGCGGGGCACUGUUUGCGCGUGUUUGGCUCUGAGGUGAAGGAGACUAAUAAGUGGAAGCUGGAGCCGAGGCUUGUGUGUUUGCACUUUGCUAGACAGGUACUGAGAGAGGAGAAGAUGAGGUUAGAGAGUUUUAUGGAAGAGUGGAAGAAGAAAAUACCGGAAGGGAUGGAAGGGAAGUUCGAGAUGCUUGAAGGUGAGGUUUUAACAGAGAGGAUUGGGAUUGAGACAAGGGUUUAUAAGUUUAGUGUACGGUCUUUGCCGUCAACUCCAGCGGAAAGGUUCGCUGUGCUGUUUAAACAUAGACCGAAAUGGGAGUGGAAAGACUUGGAGCCUUACUUAAGGGAUCUUCAUGUUCCUAGACUUUCUAUGGAAGGUUUGCUUCUUAAGUACACACGCAGAGCACAGUCUAGACCUGAUGCUGAGCCUAUCUUUAGUGCAAGGUAGUCGGUCUUUUUACUCACUAAAGCUUGUUUUGUUUUGUGUUAAUUUUUUGUUGAAUGUUAUAGACUUGUGUUAAAUUAAUGGUUAGAAUUCAGAAAUAUCCA